AUGAGUGGCUUAGCAGUGAAUGAUUUUGCUCCAAUAAAAGUAUUACAACCUGAAGCUAAAAAAACAAAAAUAAUUGAUUUGACAGAAGAUAAUAUUGAUUUUGAAAUGGAAGAACGUCGAUUAUUAUUAAGAGAACGGCAAUUAGAAAUUGAAGAACGCGAAUUGAAACUUGAACGCGAAAAAUUAGAAUUACAAAAAUUAAAGCAUGAUUUCAAUAUCACUCAAUAA